AUGCAGCUAAAAGAGGCAUUUCAAGAAUUUGACAGAGACAAGGAUGGAUUCAUUGGACACAAAGAACUUGGGCACUGUAUGAGGACAAUGGGAUACAUGCCAACUGAAAUGGAGUUGAUCGAGCUCUCACAGAAAAUUAGGUUAAGUUUAGGAGGCAAAGUUGAUUUUGAUGAUUUUGUGGAACUUAUGGGACCAAAGCUCCUGGCAGAGACAGCUGACAUGAUUGGGGUGAAAGAGUUAAGAGAUGCCUUCCGUGAGUUUGACUCAAAUGGUGACGGACGAAUCAGUACACAUGAACUGCGAGAGGCUAUGAAAAAAUUACUUGGCCAGCAGUUGGGACCCUGUGACGUAGAUGAGAUCCUGCAAGACGUUGAUGUUAAUGGAGAUGGGCUUGUAGACUUUGAAGGCCCAGAAGAGAUAUGA